AUGUACAUAGACGCAAUUUCCUCGCAGACUUCCGCAUUUGGGGCUUUCAAAGCGCACGCCUUGUCACAAAGAAGAGCGGAUUCCUCCAGGUUGCCGCUGGCCUCACACUCCCUUGCUUGCUGUAACAGACCCUCAAAACUCACAGAAUCCGCUGCAAUGCGUUGCUUCAUCUUGCGUUUGUGUGCGGAACGGUUGGCGGCACGCCUGUCGCGUCGGUUCUUCCUCGCUUGGCUCGGGGCCAUCUUGCUUUCACACGUUGAUUAUAUAUUCGUUGUUUUCAGCAACCAACUGCGGCUCACCGUGUCGCAUGGAUCAGUACCGGCUUGGUACUUAUUCGACAAUGCCUCAGAUAAAGCAUGUUCUCUGAAGCUCAGAGUCACUUUAUGUAAAACGGGGGCUGCCGCAGACUGUGCCCCUGAAAGUGCAGAUGCCUGUGCUCUACGGCUAUACAUCGGACACAUGGUACAUGCGACGCGGGAAGAAAUCUGA